UAAACGAGUGUAUUAUGCGUACGAACGCUACGGAAGUAAUUGUCUGGCGAUUGGUGUUGUAGUCAUAGGCUAACAGUGAGACUGAUUGAGACAAACAGUCAUUCAAUGUAUGCAUUCAUUGACCAAAAAUGUCUGCAAAUGUGUAGUGAUUUUCAGUGACUAAUCCGUUGAGCGUUAAUCCAAUGCGCGAUUAGUAUUGAUAUCAGUGUUCAUGAGUAAUGUGUUGUCAUUUGAGUCAGUGAUUGGCUUUUGGUGUGAAUUAGUGUUUGUAUUGUUUGUGUGAUUCAAAUGAACGGUUAAUACAAUGCAAUGAUUUGUAAACAAAUGUCGGCUUUAUUAGCGAGAUUAACGUAAUGCCUGAUUAUAUGGUUGACAAUAAUCCUGGUAAUUGUCUCAUCCAUUCAUACGUUGGUAAUUACAAUCGGAUUGUGACUCGCAAUGCAAGAAACGCUGUCACCUCAGCACCAAUUGAAUGACUCCCAGAAACAGCACAUUCAGCAACAGUUCAAUAAUGUUGGCGGCAAUGAUGUCAACCAUCAAAACAAUGACACCAAUCAUCACGAGAUGUACGAUAACGAUAACGAAAUGCCACCGCAUUAUCAACAGACCCACCACUGGUCGCAGUCGCUCUUCCAUUACGACAACAUAGUUAUCGGGGACUGGUCGAUAGGCGGGGGCUCUGACUACGGCCAACUGCCGUACUUCAUCGACUCGGGCGACAUAAUCAUUGAAGUGGACGGCCAACGGGUGGCCGGACUGACGCGCGCCGACGUCUGCGAGAUUGUCAACUCGAAGGACACCCAUGCGAUCAAAUCGGUUCAGGCGGCCAACGCCUACGGACUGCCCAUCGAGUUGCGCGAGUACUUGGCCCGUAGGUUCGCCAGGGGUAGUAUAGACCACGACCUCCAGGCCACCAUUCGCGACAAUGUCUACAUGCGUACCAUUCCCUGCACGACGAGGCCUCCCCGGCCUAACGAGACCGAUGGCGUCGACUAUAAGUUUGUGACGAAAGAGCAGUUUAUAGAGAUGGACCGCUCGGGCCUACUGCUCGAGUCCGGUGUA